AUGUUGUUCCACGCGGCGGGUGCGGAGGGCAGUCGGCCGACGUUCUUCGAGAUGGCGGCGGCGGACUUCCUCCCCGCCUCGCUAAAAGCCGCCGCGCUAUACGCCCUAGGGGUGCGUACGACACUGCCACGUCACCUGAAGCCACUUGUGUGGGGGGAGAAGGAGAGAGGGGGAAGAGAGGGAGGCGGGGAAGGAAGGAGGGCGGAAAAUGGUGGGGCGCGGGAAGAGAUGGUAGCAGCACAGAGAGAGGAGGCGGUCUUGACGCAUGCCGGCUUCGUGGUAUUGGCACAGCACCGCCCCUCGCUGCACUGCCUGCUGGACCACAGCGACGAGCUCUCUGGUGCUGCGCUGCUGUUGCUCGAGUGGCACUCGCUUAAAACGCAUGGCGCCUCAUUCGGCGAGUCCAUGUACGGCCUUCGCCGCAUCUCCACCGUUCCGCACCGCCCUUCACCCAGCCACGCAUCAUUACGGACAGGAGCCACAGCAGGGGGAGCAGCAGGAGGGGCGGAGGGGGCAGGCAGAGGAGAGAGGGCGGCAGGGGGGCAGGAAGGUGGGUCGGCAUCGUAUGGCAUGUCUCGCAAGCAGCGGGUGCUGUCUCUUCUCUUUCUGGUGCUGCUGCCCCACAUGCGCGCCAAGCUGCACGCCCUGUGUGCUAUAACCUGUGCUGUUGCCCUACCUGCGCGCCAAGCUGCCCUCUCUGUUUGCCGCCCGCCAGAGGCAGAGGCAGGGAUGCUAUUCGAGUCGACUUAA